UUUUUUCAUCAUUUUCUCUCCUUGGAGAUCUCCUUUGCAAAUCUUUCUCUCACUAGCAUCUAGAGAGAGAAAGAAAGAGAAAGAGAGCUAGGUCGAUCGAUUCCUUUUGUUUUUCUCGGGAAACAAACAGCUAGCAAUAUGGGUAAUUGUGGUAGUGCCCCGAAGACAAAGGGAGACGAAGACGCCAACGUCCCGGCACCGGCACUGGCACCGGAGAUUUCGAAGGAAGAAUCGGAGAAGGCCAAUAGUACUGAAGAAGCCGCCGUUAGGGUAGAGCAAGAAGAAAAGACGAUAACUGCUGACGACAGCAAUGCUGAUGCGGAGAAGAAGGAUUCUGAUGAUACUGAGGUUAAGCCCGUCGAUGACAACAACCAGCCAUCUCUCGUGGCCUUGCUCACCGAGACUGUAGAAAAGGAAGAAAAGAUGGAGGAUGAGAAGAAACCGGAAGAUCCAUCAGAAACAGAAGAACAGAAAGAGCCAAAGGAUGAGCAGGAGAAGGAAAACACUGAGGCAGAAAAAGUAUCUGAAGUUGCAUCAGUUGCAAUUACCCAAUAAAAAAAAAUGGAAAAAAAAAAUGGAGAAUACCUUAUGAGGCUGUCCAUGUAAUUUAAGAGGGGCUUGUAUUGUUUUUUCAUUUAGAAAA